UUAGUAGAUAUCGUAUGUCAAUGCCUACAGAGCAGCGGGGUUCACUCUAUUAUAUGUAGAUCUCUGCUCGAGGUACAGUCAGUUGUUUGCACGGGGUACUCAGAUAGCCAUAGUUCUGAAACCGAUGUCAGGCAUGGAUGUUCCUGGAGCAGACAGUGAUUGGAGGAGUCAAGGAUUCCGACAGAAAGUUGUUGCUCAAAUUGAGGAUGCCAUGCGAAAAGCUGGAACCCCUCACACCAAGAGCAGUCAGGACAUGGAGAAUCAUGUUUACGUAAAAGCAAAAACCAGGGAGGAAUAUUUGUCUCUUGUUGCAAGGCUCAUAAUUCACUUUAGGGACAUUCAUAAGAAGCAACAAGGUGGCCCAGACCCUAUGAAUGCCCUGCAGACCCUGACAGGAGGCCCUGGCAUCGGCAUGGGCCCUCGCCCCACGGGAGCCCCUAUGACCAUGGGUGCUAUGGGUCAGAUGCAGAUGGGACAGCACGCAAUGCAAGCUGGAAAUCAGCAGCCCAUAGGGGGUCCAGGGCAACUCCAGAUGCAGCAGAUGGCUCAGCAGCAGCAACAACAGCAACAGCAGCAGCAGCAGCAGUCUAUUCAGUUCCAGCACUUCCAGGCAGCACAGCAGCAACAGCAGCAGCAGCAACAACAACAACAACAACAGCAAGCGCAACAGCAGUCAGCCCUACAGCAGCAACAGUUUCAGCAGCUAAAGCUGCAGCAGCUGCAGCAGCAACAACAACAGCAGCAGCAGCAACAGCAACAACAGCAACAACAGCAACACCACCAGAACCAGCAGCUUCAGCAUCAGAACCAGCAGCAGCAGGCACAGAACCAACAGCAGCAGAAUCAGAUGCAUCAGUCCAGACUCCAGCAGCAGCAGAUGCUCCAGCUAGCCCAAGCCCAAGCACAGGCCCAGGCUCAAGCCCAAGCCCAAGCCCAGGCCCAGUCCAUCCAGCAUAUGGUACAGCAGCAGCAGCAGCAGCAACAGCAACAGCAGCAGCAAGCUCAGGUGCCGCAGCCUCAGCCCACCCAAAUGCCAUCGCACCCCCAGCAGCAGUCUAUGGUGGCCCAGUCCCUGGCUGGGCAGAUGCCCCCAGGGCAGCACCAGCCUAUCAGCACGCUCAGCCUGCAACAGCAGCAGCAACAACAGCAACAGCAGCAGCAGCAGCAGCAACAGCAGCUUAAAAUUCAGGCCAUGCAGCAGGCCAGAGUGUUGGCACAGGCGCAGCAGGUCCAGCAGGCCCAGGCCCAGGCACAGCUGAUGAUGCCCCGUGCUGGGAUGCAGCAAAUGCCACGGUUACCCCGUGCUCCGGCCCCAGCCAUCCCCCAGGCCCCCGCACAAAUGGGAGGACCGCAAAUGCCACAGCCCCAACAGCAGAUGAUGUCGUCACCCUCCCCGGUCCAGGUGCCGACGCCUCAGUCCAUGCCACCGCCCCCACAGCCCCAGCCCUCGCCACAGCCUCCGUCCUCCCAGCCCAACUCCGUCAGUUCGGGUCCCACACCCUCUCCUGGGGGGUUCCAGCCUAGUCCCUCUCCCCAACCUUCCCCAAGCCCUGUUCCAGGACGAACCCCUCAGAGCUACCCCCUCCAAGUGCCCUCUCCUGGACCUCUCAACACCCCAGGCAACCCCAACUCUGUCAUGAGUCCAGCUGGAGCCAACCAGUCAGAGGACCAGCUGUACAUGGACAAACUUAAGCAGUUGUCCAAAUACAUCGAGCCCCUGCGCCGGAUGAUCAACAAAAUUGACAAAAAUGAAGAUCGCAAAAAAGAUCUGAGCAAGAUGAAGAGCCUGCUUAACAUCCUGACUGACCCCAACACAAGAUGUCCCCUGAAGACAUUACAGAAGUGUGAAAUUGCCUUGGAAAAGCUGAAGAAUGACAUGGCUGUGCCUACCCCUCCUCCUCCUCCAGUGCCUACCACAAAAAAGCAGUACCUUUGCCAGCCUCUGCUUGAUGCUGUCCUUGCAAACAUCCGCUCUCCAGUGUUCAACCACUCCCUCUAUCGGACGUUCGCCCCAGCAAUGACGGCAAUCCAUGGUCCACCAAUUAUAGGGCCCUCGAUUCCCUCACGGAAACGCAAACAUGAAGAUGAUGAGCGUCAGACUAUUCCCAGCAUCCUCCAGGGAGAAGUGGCCCGCCUCAACUCCAAGUUCCUGGUCAACCUCGAUCCGUCCUACUGCAGUAACAACGGCACUGUACACCUAAUAUGCAAACUAGAUGACAAGAACCUCCCAAGUGUACCUCCUCUUCAGCUUAGCAUUCCAGCAGACUACCCUGAUCAGAGUCCACAGUGGGCAGACGAUAGCCAACAAUACGGAGCCAACCCUUUCCUGCAGAAGGUCCACAGGAAUAUGACCACCAAACUCCUGCAGCUGCCUGACAAACACUCGGUGACGGCGGUGCUGAAUACGUGGGCCCAGAGUGUGAGACAAGCGUGCUUAACUGUGGCUUGAGAGAAGCAGACACCCUCUGGCCUGUCUCCCCGUAGUUUAGCAAGUCCACUUCCAGUCUCCAGUGAGCACCCCACAUCACCAGGGCCUACAUCCAUAAAACAUCUCGAUAUGACUGAUUACACAAAUAAUGUAUCAGGCUCACUUUCUCCUCAUCUGCACCGUCAUCAUGAAUUAAAUAUGGACGUUAUUCCUACAGUCACCGCAGCUUCUCUAAGACGUUCUAUUAAGUCAGAUCUGGGUUAGCCUUUAAGGCCUCAGGACUGGAUAAUAUUGAAUGUCAGUCACAGUCGGUUCCAUUGCCUUUAGCAUUCUGCUAACCUCAGGCAUCGGUUUCGUGCUGCACAAGAAAAGGAUUCUGUUUCACUUCAGAGGAGUGGUGCGGAUCACAUUGUAAUGUCUGUAGGUAAAUCCACAUCAACUCUCUUCCCAGUGCCUACUACAACUGACACAAACUGCUCCCAUAUAGUCAACCCAACCCAUAAAUAUACAAUAGCAGUGCCCGGCACUAUGUGAGACUGAAGGUUCCUGAACAGGUGAUUCACAAGGGAAUUGUGAUGAAAAAUGUGUAUUAUUCUUUGGGUCCAUUUUGCUGUGUAAACCUUGGAGUGUAAAAAAAAUAUUAAUUUUCCUCUCCGUUUUUUUUAUUUGCAUAAAUAAAUACUUUUAUGUUCACUUGA